CACAUACACUCUUGUCACGAUGGCUACUCUCACUAAAGCUAUAAAGCCAGUAUUGGUAGGACGAUUGUGGAAUACAGCCAAGGUCUUUGGAGCGGUCGUCAACAAUCAUAGAGGGAAACCUACAUACACAGGACAAAUCAUACCGCCUCCUGCCAAGUAUGGAGGUCGGCACACUGUAACAUUGAUUCCUGGAGAUGGGAUUGGACCAGAGCUGCUCAACCAUGUGCGGGAACUUUUCAGGUUCAGCUGUGUUCCUGUGGACUUUGAGGUGGUUAACGUAAAUUCUUCAUCAACCAGUGAGGAUGACAUCAACAAUGCCAUUAUGGCCAUUAGACGCAAUGGAGUUGCUCUUAAGGGUAACAUUGAGACCAACCACACAAUGCCCCCUAAUCACAAGUCAAGGAACAAUCUUUUGCGCACGAGUUUGGAUCUGUAUGCCAAUGUGAUGCACUGCCAGUCACUUCCUGGAGUCCAGACACGCCACAAAAACAUUGACAUCAUCAUCAUCAGAGAGAACACAGAGGGCGAGUAUAGCAGCCUGGAGCAUGAGAGUGUAUCUGGAGUUGUGGAGAGUCUGAAAAUCAUCACCCGUAAUAACUCUCUCCGCAUUGCUGACUAUGCUUUUAAAUUGGCCCGGGAGAAAGGUCGCCACAGGGUCACGGCUGUCCACAAAGCUAACAUAAUGAAACUGGCGGAUGGUCUGUUCUUGCAAUGCUGUAAGGAGGUGGCCUCUGGAUACCCUGACAUUCAGUUUGAUAGUAUGAUUGUGGAUAACACCACCAUGCAGCUUGUUUCCAAGCCCCAACAGUUUGAUGUCAUGGUGAUGCCUAAUCUCUAUGGCAAUGUAGUCAGCAAUGUGUGUGCUGGGCUGGUGGGUGGACCCGGUCUGGUGCCUGGUGCCAACUACGGACGAGAUUACGCUGUGUUUGAAACGGCCACCAGAAACACAGGAAAGAGCAUUGCCAACAGGAACAUCGCCAACCCUACUGCCACGCUGCUUGCCAGCUGCCUCAUGUUAGAUCACCUCAAACUUCAUGACUAUGCCACCAUGAUCCGAGGUGCAGUUCUCACCACCAUGAAUGAGACAAGGUUACACACAGCUGACAUUGGGGGGCAGGGCACUACCUUAGAAGUGGUCCAGUCUAUCAUGAGGAACAUUCAGAGCAGUGGUCCCCUCACCACUGAGAUCUAAGCCGAGUCAGCAGCACUCCACCAUUGCUUGAUACUAAGCAAAUGGAUCAGCUUCUUGAGAACAUCUGCACUUCAUUUUUUGAUUCAAUAACGUUGCUUUCACAUGAGCCAGGAGAUUUAACUAUGAUCCCUGCAGACUUAACAGGGAUCACAUAUGGAGAUGGAUCACGUGACCUUCAGUCCAAAGAAGAGGGUUCUAGAUUUCAUUUGAAAUGCAACAUACUUUGGCAUUGUGCUUGUGGUCAUUCUUGAACUUAGUGGUGUAUUCAUGGACUCUGCAUAGAUUUUACAUUGAGGAUAUUGUUUCUGAAUGGUUUUGUUGUUUAAAUUUUAUUUAAAUACAGUAUUUACUAUGAGGAUCUCAUGGAGGGUUUGUUUCUGCUGUUCGGGUUGCAUUCCUAAUUUUAUCCAUUUUUAUUCUCAAAUGUUAUCCACUUGAAUAAUAUAGAAGAACCUCCAACUGUGCAUUUCUGAAUUUAUCUGUGUAUAAACUGCAGUGUUUUUUAUUUUUCUCUCUGGGUUUCACUGCCUCACAAAGUUUAACGUUUAAAUGGACUUCAUGUUCAGCAUGUCCAUCAGUGACCUUUUUGGACUUUACACUGUUGCUUAAACUUAAAAACAUUUACUGUUAUAUUAAUUUUGGUCUGUUGUAUCAAGCGGUUUGGACUUAUAUUUUCCUGUACUGUCUUUUGUGCUUAAAGGAAUAUUCCAGGUUCGAUACAAGUUAAGCUCAAUUGACAGCAUUUGUAGUAAAAUAUUAAAUACCACAAACAUUUAUUUUGACUUGUCCCUACUUUUCUUUAUAAAAAGCUAAAUCUGGGUUACAAUGAGGCACUGACAAUGGAAGUGAAUGGGGACAAUCCAUAAAAGUUAAAAUACUCACUGUUUCAAAAUUAUAGCCACAAGAUGUAAACAAUAUGUGUGUUAACAUGAUUUUAGUGUGAUCAAAAUCACUUGCUAACCUUUUCUGUGUAAAGGUAUAUACAAUUUUACAACUUUGUUGCCAUGACGAUGUAAUGUCAUCAAACCCUAAAAUGACUGUAAAAAUGAAUAUUUAAACAACAUUACAGCUCAAAGUUUUUAACAGAAGAAUUAAUGUAUGUGCUUUUAGAAAAUUAUAAGCUUCACAUUUCUGCCUUUAAACCCUCCAAAAAUUGGCCCCAUUCACUUCUAUGUAAAUGCCUCACUGUAACCUUGAUUUUUGCUUUUUUAAAGAAAAGGAGGGAAGAGUCAUAAUUCAUUUUUGUGGUAAUCAACAUGCCACAAAUGCUGUCGAUUGAGCUUAAAUUGUAUUGAACCCACAGUAUUACUGAUAAGUCUUCUAGCAUACUGUAAUCUUCAGCGUAAUACUGCACAUUUUCCAUCAGUUGUCAUGCAGUUACUUUGAUAAGCAUAAUGAUAAUACUGUAAAGGUUUAAAAUCUGAAAAUCUGUACUAUCUUGCACAAAUCCUUGAUGGCUCAAUAAUAAACCAGAGACAUAAAGAAUAAAA